AUGUCUACAAGGACGAAAAAAUAUGAUAAUGAACGACAACUAUCAUUUGAAGAAGAAAUUUCGACACCAAAACGUCAAUAUGGAUCACUUAAAUCACCAUGCAAUCAAAAUCAGUAUCAACAUUCACAUGAUCAUUGUUAUACACAACGUCAACUUCAAAUGACAAGGAACUAUCACUGUUAUCCCUUAAGCACACGACAGGUGUUAGCAAAUUAUGGAUAUGCAUUAACAAAUUGUCCAAAACUUGGUUAUGGACGUUAUAGCAAAGUAUGCCAGGGUACACAUCUUAGAACUAGCAAAAAGAUUGCAAUCAAAAUAAUUGAUACACGAAAAGUUACCCAAGAAUAUAAGUGCAAAUUUCUACCACGUGAAAUCCAAACAUGGAAACGUUUGAGGCAUCCAAAUUUGGUAGCUCUUUUUGGUGUUUUCGAAGAAGCUGGCAAAAUAUAUUUGCCAAUGGAACUUGCCGAAAAAGGUGAUCUUUUAACAUUUGUGCAACAAAAUGGUGCACAAGCGGAAUCAAUCGCUCAAAGUUGGAUGAAACAACUCAUUUCAGCAGUUUAUUAUAUGCAUAUGCGUUCAAUAGCACAUCGUGAUUUAAAACUAGAAAAUAUUCUUCUUUUUGCUGAUAAUUCUAUUAAAAUUGCUGAUUUUGGUUUCUGUCGAGAGGCACAAAAUGGAGAUUUAUCAAAAACAUUCUGUGGAUCGAAAUCAUACUCAGCUCCAGAAAUCCUUCUUGGUCAAGAAUAUAUACCAUUUAAGGCAGAUGUCUGGUCAUUAGGUGUUGUAGCAUUUGUGUUAGUUACCAAUCGAAUGCCAUAUAAUGAACGUGUUGCCAGUAAUACUAUUAUUGUGGAAGCACAACGAAACAGAACUUAUCAUUAUUCAAAAAAGCUACAGCUUAGUCAAAUGUGCCAAAGUACCAUCGAUACCAUGAUGACAUUUGACUAUCAUACACGACCUGAUAUUCAGCAAGCUAUGAAUCUGCCCUGGUUUCAUCUACCAAUAGCACCAGUGGAACGCAAAGAAAGUGGAGCCAGUUGUACCACAGUAUAA